CAUAUAGGGGUGUAUCAUGUAUCUUUUACCUAACCAAUAUGUAUUUUUUUAGCUUCCAAGUAGUGCUGAAGAAUGGAAAAAAGUAGCGGAUGACUUCUACGGCAUGUGGAAUUUCCCUUUCUGCUUAGGAGCUUUAGAUGGCAAACAUGUUGAUUUUGAAGCUCCUAAAAGUGUAGGCUUGUUUUAUUAUAAUUAUAAAGGACGAAACAGCGUAGUUCUCCUAGGACUAGUAGAUGCCGACUAUAAAUUUUUGUAUGGUGAUGUAGGUGUAAAUGGCAGGGUUAGCGAUGGGGGUGUUUUUAGAGAAAGCAGUCUCAGAAAAGGAAUUGACAGGAACUUUCUGAACUGUCCAGAAGAUUACUUUCUGUCAAACAGAUUCCAUAUUCAACAGAUGUAGAUUUCUUAGAGGACAAUAAAUUUAGAUCCACAGAAGGUUGAGGCAAUAACACUAGCAUGUUGUGUUCUGCAUAAUUUUCUCUCAACACAUAGUAAGCGUUAUAUAGAAAUGGCUAAUGAAAGCUGUAACUUAGAUCACCUUUCUCAACAAGGAGGAACAAGAUAUGCUUCUGAAGCUGUUGAUAUUAGAAACCAAUUAUGGAGAUAUUUCAGUACUACUAGAGAAAAUAGGGCUAUAGGAAAUGACUAAAA